ACCGAGGAAGAGGAAGAGGAGGAGGAAGACGAGGCUUUGCGCGCGCACUCGCCGUCGAGCAUCAGUCGGCGCAAGAGGGGAGCUCAUCAAGACGCCAACAAAUCCCUCACGUGCGGGCGCGGGAAGAAGAAUAUUCUGGAUGUUUUCAGAUGCGCGUUUUUAGGGCAUCUCGCGGAUGCUCCGGCGGUCGGAGCUAAUCCGCGCGCCUAAUCCACGUUUCUCGCUCUUGCGCGGAUUUAUGAGCCGUCUCCUCGCGUGACGACGAUGAUGAUGAUGAGAAUGGUGGUGAGGAUGAGGAUGAGGAUGAUGAUGAGCUCCCCCCGCCGCGCCGCCGCAGCCGCCUCGCGCCGCGCCUGCCACCAGCAGCAGCAGCAGCAGCAGCAUCUCAGCCCCGCGCCCCCGGUUCCACGCGCACACCAGAGGUAACUGGCCCACCCGCGCGCGGCAUGGAACUAUCCGAGGUGCGCUGUUCCAGCGCCUGCAGCGAGGAGCUGUACACCAUCAACCGGACGCCGAGCGGCAGCAGCGGCGGAAGAACCGGAGGAACCGGAGGCAAGCGGCUGCUGUGGCAGAACGCCGUCCGCCACAUCACCGAGCAGCGCUUCAUCCACGAGCAGGGCGGCGGAGGAGGGGGCGAGCCCGAGCGGCCGGACGCGCGCAAGCUGUCCGCCGGCCGGACGUCAGUGGGCGGCGGCGAGCGGCAGCACAACAACGGCGGCACCAAGGUGUUCCCCGAGCGGGCCACCAGCAGCGACCUGGGUUUCCUGCAGAUCGACUGCGCGCCCACCAACUCGGACUUCUUCCUGAACUGGGGCUACACGUACCGCGGCGUGAUCUUCCCCACGCUGCGCAACGCCUUUAAGUCGCGCGACCUGGAGCGCCGGUACCAGCGCUACUUCCUGGGCCAGCGGCGGAAGUCGGUGGUGGUGAUGAACAUCCUGGACGUGGUGACCAAGCUGACGCUGCUCGUGCUGCACCUGGGCAUGGCCUCGGCGCCCAUGGACCCGGUCAGGGGCGCGCUGCUGGGCUUCUUCGCCGGCGUCGAGGUGGUCAUCUGCGCGCUGGUGGCGGUGCGCAAGGACGCCACGUCGCACGGAUACCUGCGCUACAGCGGCGCCGUCACCUGGGCGGCCAUGGCCACGCAGAUCCUGGCGGCGGGGCUGGGGUACGGCCUGCUGGGGGACGGCGUGGGCUACGUGCUCUUCGCGCUGUUCGCCACCUACGGCAUGCUGCCCCUGCCGCUGGCCUGGGCCAUCCUGGCCGGACUCUUCACUUCCGGCCUGCACCUGCUGGUCAGGCUGCUGCUGGCCCACGAUGCGCCGCUCUCCAGCAACCAGUUGGCAGCCCAGACGGUUCUGUUCAUGUGCAUGAACACGGCCGGGAUAUUCAUCAGCUACCUGUCGGACCGUGCCCAGCGUCAGGCCUUCUUAGAAACGCAACGCUGCAUUGAGGCCAGGCUGCGUCUGGAGACGGAGAACCAGAGACAGGAGCGUCUGGUUCUGUCCGUUCUGCCUCGCUUCGUGGUUCUGGAAAUGAUCAACGACAUGACCAACGUGGAGGACGAGCACCUCCAGCAUCAAUUCCAUCGGAUCUACAUCCACCGCUACGAGAAUGUCAGCAUUCUUUUCGCAGACGUCAAAGGCUUCACAAAUCUUUCCACGACGCUGUCGGCUCAGGAGCUCGUGCGGAUGUUGAACGAGCUUUUUGCACGCUUUGACCGCCUCGCACACGAGCAUCACUGCCUGCGCAUCAAGAUUCUGGGCGACUGUUACUACUGCGUGUCGGGUCUUCCCGAGCCGCGGCAGGACCACGCCCACUGCUGCGUGGAGAUGGGCCUCAGCAUGAUCAAAACCAUCAGGUACGUGCGCUCGCGUACGAAACACGACAUCGACAUGCGCAUCGGGAUCCACUCGGGUUCGGUCCUGUGCGGCGUGCUGGGCCUGAGGAAAUGGCAGUUCGACGUCUGGUCCUGGGACGUCGACAUCGCCAACAAGCUCGAGUCCGGAGGCAUACCUGGGCGCAUCCACAUCUCCAAAGCGGCGCUGGACUGCCUAAACGGCGACUACGAGGUGGAGGCGGGCCAUGGCAAGGACCGCAACGACUUCCUGCGCCGCCACAACAUCGAGACGUAUCUCAUCAAGCAGCCCGACGACAGCCUGCUCCCCCUCCCCGAGGACAUCAUGAAGGAAGCGGCCAGCUCGGCCGACCGGCGCGCCAGCGGCGCCACCUUCAACGAGGCGUCCUGGAGCCCCGAGCUGCCCUUCGACAACAUCGUGGGCAAGCAGAACACUCUGGCCGCCCUAACGAGAAAUUCGAUAAAUCUGCUUCCCAACCAUCUCGCACAAGCUUUGCAUGUCCACUCUGGUCCUGAGGAAAUUAACAAGCGAAUAGAGAGUUCCAUCGACUUACGGAGUGGCGAUAAGUUGAGGAGAGAGCAUAUCAAACCGUUCUCGCUGAUGUUUAAAGACUCCGGCCUGGAACACAAGUACUCGCAGAUGAGGGACGAAGUUUUCAAGUCGAACCUGGUUUGCGCCUUCAUCGUGCUCCUCUUCAUCACCACUAUACAAAGUCUGCUGCCUUCUGCCAGGAUGGUGCCAAUGGUGGUGCAGUUCUCAGUCCUGAUUCUGCUGCACUCGUGUCUGGUCCUGGUGACUACAGCUGAGGACUACAAGUGUUUGCCUCUGGUCCUGCGCCAGGCAUGCUGCUGGAUCAAUGAAACGUACACUGCGCGCAACGUCGUUAUCUUCCUCUCCAUACUCAUCAACUUCCUGGCAGCCAUGAUCAACAUUCUGUGGUGCGACUUUGACAAGUCAGGCACGUUGAGGAACAACACCUUCAACAACUCCAAUGCCAUCGCUGACAUCUGCUUUUACCCAGAGUACUUUGUGUUCACGGGUGUGUUGGCGAUGGUAACGUGUGCCGUCUUCCUGCGUCUCAACUCGGUUCUGAAGUUGGCCGUGCUGCUGCUGAUGGUCGCCGUCUACUCGCUGCUCACCGAAGCGUUCUACGCUUCGCUCUUCGUGCGUUACGACGUCGCCCACCGCAACACAGAGAACUUCCUGGGUACCAAGGAGACGUCGCUGCUUCUCAUGGUCAUGUUCCUCCUUGCCGUCUUCUACCAUGGACAGCAGCUGGAGUACACGGCCCGCCUGGACUUUCUGUGGCGCGUUCAGGCCAAAGAGGAAAUCAACGAGAUGAAGGAGCUGCGAGAACACAACGAGAACAUGCUCAGGAACAUCCUGCCCAGCCACGUCGCCAGGCACUUCCUGGAGAAGGACCGCGACAAUGAGGAGUUGUACUCUCAGUCUUACGACUCAGUGGGCGUUAUGUUCGCGUCCAUCCCAGGAUUCGCUGACUUUUACUCGCAGACGGAGAUGAACAACCAGGGAGUGGAAUGCCUCCGACUGCUCAACGAGAUCAUUGCCGACUUUGACGAGUUACUGGGAGAAGAACGAUUCCAGGACAUCGAGAAGAUCAAAACCAUCGGCAGCACUUACAUGGCCGUGUCGGGUUUGUCUCCCGAGAAGCAGCAGUGUGAAGACAAAUGGGGUCACUUGUGCGCGCUGGCCGACUUUGCCAUCGCUCUCAACGAAAGCAUCCAAGAAAUCAACAAACACUCCUUCAACAACUUUGAACUCAGAAUAGGCAUGGCUCAGGGCUCGGUGGUGGCUGGUGUGAUCGGUGCCAAGAAGCCCCAGUACGACAUUUGGGGCAAGACGGUGAACCUGGCAAGCCGCAUGGACAGCACGGGCGUGAGCGGCAAGAUCCAAGUUCCUGAGGAAACCUGCGUCAUCCUCAAGGAGCGCGGGUUCGCCUUCGAGUACCGCGGUGAGAUCUACGUAAAGGGCAUCAGCGAGCAGGAGGGCAAAAUCCGCACACACUUCCUGUCGGGCCGUGUGCUGCCCAACCCGCUCACCAUGCAGCCGCGCAAGAUGACCGGCCAGUACUCGCUGGCUGCUGUGGUGCUGGGACUGGUCCAGUCGCUCAACCGCCAGAAGCAGAAGCAGAUCCUCAACGACAACAACAACUCGGCCAUCAUGAAGGCACACCAUCAUCAUCACUAUAACCGUAGGACGCUGCUGGCCAACGACGGGGGCACGGCGCACCUCGCCGAUGCCCCUGACAAAACUGACGUGUCCUGAAGUGGGGACAAGGGUUGCGGAGGAUGGGGGGGGGGGGGGGGGGGGGGGGGCGGAGAGAUGGGGAUUGCCCAUAAAGUUAAGCAGGGGAAUUUGGGCAAUAUUCUAAUUUGGAAACUUUCCGUGGGAGUUCUGGGAAUUUAUAGAAAAGGUAGCAUAGUCAGGGAGCACAGUGAGAAGUGGUUAGCUCAUUAGCCUCACAGUUCUGAGGUCAGGGGUUAGAAUCUGGGCUCCAGCCUUCUUGUGUGUAGAUCACGUUUUCCGCUAAAAAAAAAAAAAAAAAAAAAAAAAAACGACAUAAGGAGUGAAAUCAUUUUCACAUAGUUUGGGAUAUCACAAGUAAGGUGGAGGUUCCAAUGCAGGCUCCAGCCUUCCUGCGUGGAAUUAGCAAAUUUGCUGGAUUACUCGUCGAAAACACACGCAAGCACGGGACUGCUUCCAUUCCAAAAAUAUCUUAGCAUUGUUGGCUUCAUUGAAGACUCAACAGCAAAUUGGCCUCAGGUGAGAAAGUGAGUGUGAAAGUUUAGGAUAUUGUUUUCCCACAAAUUCUCAUGGAAAGUUUCCAACGUUGAAUAGUCCUGUUAUUAUGCAACCCUAGGGGGAGGACCAGACCCGCUGGACCCUCCUGAAUGUUGUUACAACGCGGGGGAGCGGACGGACGUCCUGCCCCCGUUUGCCGUGUGUCUGACUGUCGGUUUUUCCGGAGUGUCUCGACGACGUUCAUGUCACUUGUCACUUCCUCUUUUUAUGUGUCCUUUCACCACCGCAGACUUUGCUCCUCCCUCGCUGUGUCCAUCUUUCUUUUUUCUAUUUGUUUUAUAUGCGACCACACGAUUAAAAUGUUUAAUUUUUUAUA